UCUUCCCCAGGUCGGGUGUCUUGGCAGCAUUAUGGCUCAAAGUUUGGAACCCGUUCCGAGUUGACGGGCGCCAGAAGUCACAAAAGGAGACUUACUUGACCCUGAGGGAAUAUUGAGCGGUGACGGAGCCAGGAGAUCCCGUCUCCAGGGCCAAGUAACAGCCAUCCCUGCUCGCUCUGGUGCUGCUUAGGCAGAUACUGUAUGGUUCCUGAACAAUGGCAAACAAGAGAUUCCUGGGCACCUGACUGAGAGGGGAUGACUCUAAGCUCAGCAGAAGGAGCUUGGACCAACUCAAGUUGCUGGUGUGCAGCAACGGAUGAAGCAGAACCUUCUGAACCAAGCCAUUUCUGUUGGAGUCCCACAUGUUAACAUUCCCAAGGCAGGUUCCUUCUUCACUCAGACAACUUGCCCAUGUGGCAUAUGUGGCCCCAUUUUGAACAUGCCCUGCACUUGUAACUUACUAGUGCAGGGCAUGUGAGAGACAGUUCUGGUUAAGUGAAAACUUUUGCCAGAACCUAAAGCAUAAUAAUGUCGAGAAUUCUUUACAAAAGAAUGAAAGUAGAGCCUCAUUAUUUAAGAAUUUCAAAGCUCAUGUAGAGCCCUACUCUUUAGAGAAGCCCUCUGCAUGCGAGGUGCAGCAGAGGAACCUUCAGGACAGUUUGAUUGGCCGCCAACAAAAGGUCCCCUGUAACAAGAAGAAAGCAGAGAGGACUGAGAAUGGAGAGGACUUCCAUGUCGGACAAAUGCAUUACACAUGUGGUGAGUGUGGCAAAGGUUUCAACCGCAAAGAUACUCUUGUGCAGCACCAGAGGAUCCAUAGUGGAGAAAAGCCUUAUGAGUGCAGUGAAUGUGGGAAAGCCUUCAGCCGUAAAGCCAUACUCAUCCAGCACCAGAGGAUCCAUACUGGAGAAAGGCCUUAUGAGUGUAGUGAAUGCGGGAAAGCCUUCAGUCGAAAAGACAACCUCACUCAACAUAAGAGAAUCCACACUGGAGAAAUGCCUUACAAGUGCACUGAAUGCGGGAAAUACUUUAGCCAUCACUCCAACCUAAUAGUCCACCAGAGAGUUCACAGUGGUUCGAGGCCUUAUAAGUGCAGUGAUUGCGGCAAAGUCUUCAGACACAAAUCGACACUUGUUCAGCAUGAAAGUAUCCACACUGGAGAAAACCCUUAUGAUUGCAAUAAUUGUGGGAAAUCCUUUGGGCACCGAUACACCCUCAUUAAACAUCAGAGAAGUCACAUGGAGUCAAAGCCAUUUGAGUGCACUGACUGUGGGAAAUUGUUUAGUAGCAGCUCUGAUUUUAUAGCACACCAAAGGGCUCAUACUGGGGAAAGGCCUUUUGUGUGCAGCAAGUGUGGGAAAGAUUUCAUCCGAACCUCCCACCUUGUUCAGCACCAGGCAGUUCACUCUGGAGAGAGGCCACAUGAGUGCAGCUAGUGCAGGAAAGCCUGCAGCUGAAGCUCCCACCUGAGUCGGCACCAAAAGAUUCAUGCAGUGAGAAGACUUUAGCAGUGCUUGCAGCACAAUAGUAUUCAGUCAGACGUUGAACCUCAUAGUGAGCAGUCGUGACUGGGAGGUGCGUUCUGAAAGACAAGUAUGUAGGAAGCUUUCAAGAACUACAAUGUACUUUCUGACUAGCUUGAGUAACAGUAACACGCCAGAGUUCUUUCUCUUAGUUCAUAUGGCUGAAACCAUCUAAUCUCUUCCAUCUUAGUCUCUUCAACAACCUCAGGAAAGACAAGACUUAUUACUCUUCCUAGUUCCUACAGUAAUUGUGAAGUACAUGAUAAGAGUAUAAUUCCGUAGUCUGUCAUAUUUGACUGGUAGAGUUGUGUAUAGCCAAGAAGAUCUGAGCUAUGUAUGCUCUUUAUUUGGCUUGCAGAAAUAAUUUCCUUCUUGGGUGUUGUUUUUGUGUAAAGUAUUUUUUAUUUGCUUAUUUGAGCCAGUAUUUUUAUUUUGCCUGCGCUAGCCUUGAACUUCUCUUUCCUCAGCUUCCUUAGUAUCGGAGAGUUUAGACAUGUGCCACUAUCCCCAGUUCUUUAUGAACUUUGUAACAUAAUGGGCAUUCCACAUCUUUAAGUCAUCCAACCAGAACAGUACUUGACUACUAUUCCUUUGGUUUCCAAUAAUAAUUGCCUUAGAAUUUACAUUACUUUUAAUCUUAGGGGAGGUUGGAGUGUAGUGGAAACAAAGUUAGGAUCUGACAAGCCAAAGAGAUAAACAGUCUUGUGUUUUAAAUGGGACAGCGGGUUGCUGAGGAGCAGUUCUGAGUCCAGUUACUGUGUUAUCUUCUAUUGUUGAAAAACACUUCAUAGAAAAUAAUCACAAGUAUUUGGAGGAUCUGACUUGACUGGAUUUCAGAGUGAUUUGAAGGACCACAAACUGGUAUUGUGAUAAUCUGCCAUGUGUUUGGGAGUGGAAUGGAUCAUGUGUCAUUUCUAGCUCAUGCACUGUAUCUCUUUGCACAGUUGAGGAGACCUAUGUGGUAUAUUCUCCAAGGUCAGGAUUGGGAUACAUGCUACCUGCUGUAUAUCGCAAAGUGCCACUAAACAAAAGUACAGAAAUGGUGGAUGUGAAUAUAUGGAAUUACAGAUUAGUUUCAAUUAACUACAGGGGAAAUUCUCACUGUAAGAACAUUCCUAAAUAUUCUACUCAUGAAAGCUGUGUUGUGUCAAAGGAUUUAUAGAACUCUUCAGAAUAAAGUGCUGUGUCAUUUAGGACCAAGGUCACUAGUUCAGCAUAGGUUUUUUUGGACUCCUAUGCCUUCCUGAGAUCUUUGCAAAAUGUCUUUGCUGUAUAGACAGUAAACAAGAGAGUGAAAUGAUCCAAGAAUGUAACUUUUUGUGUAUCACCAGAAUUCUUGGGUAAAGUGAAAAUGACCUUCGUUGCUUACCACUGGGGAACAUGGCUUCCUAAGGCAUUUGUAGUGAUAUGGUAGAAUUACUAUAUUAAUGUCUACUUGUUUGAUUCGUCAGUUGAAGGGGUGGUCUAAAAUUUUAAGUGGAUUAUUUUUAUAAGCUUUAUGGAGUGUAGUUAGCAAAUUCUAUAUUUUUUUUAUAGUAUUGCGUAUAGUUGUGUAGUUUGAUAUUAUAUGUGUAUAUACUGUAAAGCCAUUCUAGCAGUGAUUUUGAACAUACCCCAGAGCUCCAAAGUUAUCAUGUGUUUCUUCAGGAUUCUUCUCAAUGUCCUUCAUGCCCUUUAUUCAAUCCCUAGGCAACCACCAGUUUUACUGUACACAAAUUCUUCAAAAGGUUUGUCAGUGUAACUUCCAAGUGUUUAUGUACAUUUUGCCUGCUGUUAGUCUGAAUAACUAAUUUGACUUGUAUUUGUGUUAUAUGUAUGAAUAGCUCAUUUAUUAUUGACUACUGGAAGUAUGAAUUUACCACAAUUACCCUUUAUCAUAUUUAUCAUUUUUAUGACCCAAGCUCUAAAUAUUAAAAACAGCAAUUGCAGAUAUUCAUGUAUGAAUUGUUAUAUGGACAUUUAACUGAAAACAUUUGCU